GGGGCACAAUGGCUCUGGCCAGGUAUAAGUAGCAGAGUAGCUGACAGUGUUUUGGGUAAAUGACAGGCAGCCUUCUCUCCUGAACCAUCUACACAGACUGUGAGCUGUUGGAGUGAGCUACCAUGAAGCUUCUCAUCUUUGUGUUGCUGUUUGGAGCAGUGGCAGCGAUAGCACUGGCUGAGGAUAAAAAUCUUAAACUUAGCAACCCAUAUGAACAUCAUAUAUUAAACCGGAUAAAGAACCUCUAUCAGUGUUUAAAUAACUCAAAAUCAAACUCAUCAGAAUUUACUGCAAAUAAUACACAACAAAAUGAUGAACUUACACGUGGAACAUCUCAGUAUGAUGGAGACAAGAGACGCAGUGUUAUUGGUGGAAAUGAAAUUCAUGCACGUGGUAAAACACAAAAUUACAUUUCUGAGGAUCAACAACAAGAGUCGGAAUCUAAUCAAGAAGAGCAAGGAACUAGACAUCAUACACAAAGAAACAAAAGAGAUAUAAGUGAUUGUCAAACAAUAGAAGGAUGUGAGCAUGAUGAGUGCAAAGAACAUGGGGAAAAGAAAGGGAAGAAUAAUAGUGAAAACAAAUGUAGACACUUAGACAAAAAGGAAGGACAAGAUGCUGAUAAAAAAAGAGAAGAAAAAAGCAAGAAGACGAAAGAUGACAAUAAUGAAGAGAGCAAAAAAGGAAAAUGCAAGGUCCAAAACGGAAAAGAACAGGAAAAGGGUUCAAAACAAAUGGAACGGUUAGACAUGUCACGUGGAGAAAAGAGUGAUAAGAUGGCCGAGAAAAAGGGACAAGCAGAACAUAGCUGCAAGGGACAAAAAACAGCAGAGCUAAAGAGAGAAGCAGAACUUAUAGGAAAGGGUCAGAAGAUAGCAAAAGAAAAGAGACAAACAGUACAUGGAGAAAAGGGUUAUAAUAUAGUAGAAGAAAAGAGACAAAAAGUACAUGGAGUAAAGGGUAAGAAGAUAGCAGAGGAUAAGAGACAAGCAGAAUAUGGAGGAAAGGGUCAGAAGAUAGCAGAGUUAAAAAGAGAAGCAGAACUGAGAGGAAAGGGAAAUAAGAUAGCAGAGUUAAAGAGAGAAGCAGAACUUAGAGGAAAGGGAAAUAAGAUAGCAGAGUUAAAGAAAGAAGCUGAACUUAAAGGAAAGGGACACAACAUAGCAGAAUUAAAGAGAGAAGCAGAACUUAGAGGAAAUGGUAAUAAGAUAGCAGAGUUAAAGAGAGAUGCAGAACUUAGAGGAAAGGGUAAUAAGAUGGCAGUGGUAAAGAGAGAAGCAGUACUUAGAGGAAACUGUCAGAAGAUAGAAGAGUUAAAGAGAGAAGCAGAAGUUGGAGGAAGUGGUCACAAGAGAGCAGAGGAAAAGCGUAAAACAGAACAUGGUGAAAAGGGUCAGAACAUAUCAAGGGGAAAGAUGCAAACAGAAAGUGAGAAAAAGAGCCAUGAGAUAGCAAAGGAAAAGAGACAUAAAGUAAAGGCAGACAACACUGCAAGGGGAAAGAGACAUACAAAACCAGAUAAAAACGCAGAAAAGAAAAGCCAGAAACUAGGGGAGAGAAAUGGGCAGGAGUCAGAGAAAGGAGAAAAUCAGAAACGAGGACAGAGAAAAGGACCCAAUAGAGAUGAUAAGAGAAACCAAAAACCAAGUGAAAGGACAGGGCGAGAUAAAGGUGAAAACAAAGGUAAAUAUGGUAGCAGAAGACCAAGAGAUAUAAAUGUGAAUUUCAAAGGAGAGGGGAAUGAAGGACAAAAACAUAAGACAAGAGGGAGUGAUACAGUAGAAGAAGGGAGGCAUAGUGCAAAUUGUUCAAAGAAAAAUGAGACAUCAAAAGAAAAGAGACAGAUACAUGAGCCAAAUGACAAAAAGGAACAUAAUGGUGCAAUGGGGAAAAAGCAUGCAUCAAAUAAUAAUAAUAAUAAUAAUAAUGGAGUAAACAGUUCUCAGCAGCCAGAUGAACAUGAAGGGCAUAAUGUAGGAGAAAGUGCAGGGAAAUAUCCACAACACAGGAGGAAUCAGAAGGUAGGAGAAAGAGAAGGAUGUGGACAAGGAAAAAGCAAAGGGCAUGAACCAGGAAGAGGUGAAAGGCAUGAAGUGGGAGAAAAGACAGGGCAAUUUUCACAACACCAUAGCAGACAGAAGCGAGGAGAAAACAAAGGACACAAUCUAGGAGAAAAGCGAGGACGGGAAUCAGGAGAAAGGGAAGGUCAGGAACCAGGCAAAAACAAAUCAGAUAAAAACAGAGGUGGCAAUAAAAGUAAAAAUGGAGAAAAUAAAAAGACAGAAACACAAGGUGUUAAACCAGAUCACAAGCUGGGAGACAAAGUAGGGUACCACGAUUAUAGAAAAAAUAGUGGAAGAUCACCUAGAAAUGUAAAUGUAGGUGAUAAAGAUGAUAGAAAGAUAGUGCAUGGCACACACAUAAAAAAGAAACAAAGCAGUAAUAAUACAGAAGAAGCUAGAGAUAAUAGGACCAGCAAACAUAUAAUGACAGAGGAAUGUAAUCAUAAUGCUACUUGUACAAGGGUACACGACAAAUCAGGUGAACAUAGACAUCAUGAUAACAGUAGAACAGCAAAUGAAAAAGCAAAAGAAAGUAGUAAUAAGACAAAUGGAAAAGGGAUACAUCAACAAGCGAAAAUACAAAAGUGGGAUGCUGCAGAAAAAAGAUAUGGAGAAACAAAUGGCCAGAGGACAGGAGAAAAAAGAGUGAAGCAAGAAGUAAAAAAAGGAGAAGGCCAACAGGACACAGAACAAGAGAGACAUAAAAGUACAGGAGAAAGGGAACAGGAGCUACACAAAAGCAAGACAAAUAAUAAUACAGUACAUGAAUCAGAAGAUAUAUCAAGUAAGGAAAAAGAACACAAGAGUGAUGCAAAGACCACUGAGCAGCCUCCAGUUGUAGCAACUGAAAAUUCACCAGUUCUAGAUAGUGAACUGCCAGUUUCAACUGGUGAGCAACCACAAAUUUCAGCCGGUGAGCAAACACCAGUUCCAACUGGUGAGCAACCAUUAGUUCCAGCUGGUGAUCAAACACAAGUUCCAGCUGGUGGGCAACCAAUAGUUCCAGAUGGUGAGCAACCACCAGCUACAGCUGAUGAGGAGCUAUCAGUUCCAACUGGUGAGCAGCCAUCAGUUCCAGCUGGUGAGCAGCCAUCAGUUCCAGCUGGUGAGCAGCCCUCAGUUCCAGCUCGUGAGCAGCCCUCAGUUCCAGCUGGUGAGCAACCAUCAGUUCCAGCUAGUGAGCAACCAUCAGUCCCAGCUGGUGAGCAGCCAUCAGUUCCAGCUGGUGAGCAGCCACCAGUUCCAGCUGGUGAGCAACCACCAGUUUCAGCAGGUGAGCAACCACCAGUUUCAGCAGGUGAGCAACCAUCUGUUUCAGCUGGUGAGCAGUCAUUAGUCCCAACUGGUGAGCAGCCACCAGUUCCAGAUAGUGAACAAUCACAAAUUUCAGCUGGUGAGCAGCCAUCAACUCCAGCAAUUGAGAAGUUGCCAAUUCCAGAUAGUGAAGUACCACCACCUUUCAGAAUGAAACCAUUACCAAUUCCAUGUAACAAAGGGUCGGCAGUUCGAGGUACAGAUUAGCCACCAGUUUCUGCUCCUGAAUAGCUUGUUGUGGCUAGCGAGUAGCCAUCAGUUCAGACAAAUAUGGAUCAUGCAGAGAAAUAAAGGCGGGUCCAAAGAAAAAUCCACAACACUACAAUAAUUACAUUAUUUUUGUUAGCUACCACUAUUUCAUGUCUAUGUUUUA